AUGAGUGGACGAUUUCAAAGUACUGGACGUGGUUCCAAUGGAAGAAAUGCUGGACGAGGAAGAUCGCAGCAAGGACGAGGUAAUGGUCACUACAAUGGAAACAAGAGUGGCAAUGGUAGCCAAAAAGAGAAGAAGUUUCAUCCUCUGACUAGAGGAAACAUUCCCGAAUUUAGCUUUGAUGAAAUGAAGAAGACAUUGGUGAUUAAAAUGUCAACAAUGAAGAUGGAUCAUAUUGAUGACAUGAUCCAGAGUGUACGAACCUUGAGUCUGUAUGAUAUUGAAAGUGUGAAACCAACAUUGGUAUUGGUGACUAAUGACAGCGAUCCUGAUAAGGAGAUCAAGAAUGAAGAAAGAAGGACUAACUAUUUGGCUGAUCAAAAGAUUGGAAGGCCAGGAAGAACGCGUUUGAUAACAAUAAACGCGAUGUCUAUGGAAUGA